CUUUUAAUCAUCAGGUUUCUGAAAACAGGACUAGUCACAAUCUGGUUUCUGGUCAGCAGCUUCCUUGUUGUUGAAGUUACUGAAGUUACAAGAUGUUCUCCAUAUUCACAGAGCUUAUCGGCCUUUGCCUUGGAAUAGUGGGAAUGCUGUUAACUUUGGUGGCCACCAUUUUGCCACACUGGCGGAUUACUGCAUAUAUUGGAUCAAACAUUAUAACAGCAGUGGGGUACUUAAAAGGGCUCUGGAUGGAAUGUGCCUACUACAGCACUGGCACCUUCCAGUGCGAGACUUACAAAUCUCUUUUAGCUCUGCCACCGGACUUACAGGCUGCUCGAGGCAUGAUGGUCGUCUCCAUGGUGCUGUCGCUUGCAGGCUGUGUUAUAGCCAUUGUUGGGAUGAAGUGUACUGUUUUAAUGCAAGGAACAGAUGCUAAAUCACGCCUCGCAGGAACUGGAGGGUUCUGUUUCAUAGCUGCUGGCUUCUUUUGCAUCAUUCCUAUUUCCUGGACAACUAAUGAAAUUAUCCGCAUGUUCUACAGCCCAGUGGUACCUUCCAGUUUUAAGUAUGAGAUUGGAGCAGCACUUUACUUGGGCAUGGCAUCUGCCCUCCUGUCCAUAUUCGGUGGUGCUGUUCUCUGCUUCUCAUGCUGUAGGAAUGAAGGUGAAAGUGCCAGGUAUCGGGGCCACAGAAGUCGACCGUUUCAUCCUCGACCCUACCACUCCAAUGCUUAUCCUAGCCAUCCAAUGACCUUCCAGAACCCUGCAGCACUAAGUGCUGUCAACCCAGCAAGUAAUAAUAGGCAUGAUGGGAGAAGUGCAAAAGGCCAAAUUUUGGAUCUUCGAUCUCCCUCACCAUCUUCUGCACGUGGAAGUAGCUACUCAGGCUAUGACCUCAAUGGAUUUGUAUGAGAUGGACAAAAUGGACAUAGGAUUGCUUUUUUACGCACUACUGCAGGAAAAGCCGAAGAAGCUAACAUAUGCUGAAAUACAAGAUCCUUGACAAAUCCAACUGUUUGGUAAGACAGAAUCUGUUGCUUGAUGAAUGUCAGCAGCAAUGUACUGGAGCCUGUUCUGGAAAUGUGGUGCAGAAACACCGAGGUACUAACUAGAGUUUUAUGUUGCACUUAUCAGUAUAGCGCAUGCCCUACAUUUUCAAUGAUUAGUCUUCUAAGUUUACUGUCAAUUUGAAUGAAAUAACUUGUGAGGGAGAUGAUGGAGAACAACGUAUAGGCACCAGAGUGAACUGAUUCUUGGCUGCCCAGAUAGACAACACGAGAAGGUAAACCUAAGGCAAACAAAUAAAGAUAAUCCAAAUUUAAUCCCCCCUGGAAACUUGGACUGUGAGGUAUAUAAUGGCAAGAGGUUUGGUGUGGAAGUUCAAAAAAGUACAUUUUUUUAAGAAUCUAGAGAGGGCAUGCAAGCUCUUCCUGUAGCAACCAACAAAGAUGAAAAAAAACUACAAAUACUUCGCAGUAAGGUAAAAAGUGUGCUUGCUUUUUAUACAUCUAUCCAUGCACCGUCCCAAUGGCACACUGGGUGUCAUCCAGGCAGAGCUGGAUGUCAGCGCAACUGGACAAUGCGACUUCAAAAUGGAAAGAAGGUGGGUUCCUAUCCACUUAAUGAAUAUUAACAAGGCCGACAUUACCAGUGAAGCACCAGGAGCAUUGGAUUUAAAGCCACCACCAAAUCCAGAGCUACAUACACCAAAGAGGAUUGCAAAAUAAGAGCGAAAGAGACAUUUCCAUAUUGGACAUAAUGGGAGAAAUUUACUUAAGUGGACAAGAAAGGAAUGCUGGCAACUUGUUUGUUUCACUUUUAUUAUUUGAUUGUUGAAUUCCAAUGUCUGACACAGCUUAGCUUUCCUUAGACUCCCAACGCAUCCCUGAAUUUCAUGUUUUAUUGGUUAUUCACCUGUAUAUGUGUGCAUUUAUACGUGUGAAUGCUGUACUGUUGUGUACUUUAGUGCUGUCAUACUUUUAACAAUUUAUGCAACAGCCUGAACUCAGGGAAGAGUGCCAUAAUAAGAAUAAACCAAACUGAAUGCAA